GGGAGAAGCCUUCCUCUCGUGCGCUCCGGGAGAUUCCAGUGGCCUGGCAAUUAGUGACCAGGGCGAUACGGGGAACCGACACUCAAAUAUCCAGACCGCAACGGACGCUCAAGGACAAGCCGUGCAUUCCUGGGGAGGAACAACGCGCUUUUAGUGGAUCUACCAAAAUGCAGAGGAGUGGCAAGAACAAGUUAUUUCCUCUGAGCAUCUUUACCUUUCAGUGAACUCUAGCUAAUAAGCCUUUCAUGUCACUUUUCACUAUAGUUGCUAUUAAAAGUGGAGCAGAAACAUAAACACGGCGAGGCAGGAGACGGCUGCAUACACCUCUGCCUGCGGUGAACAGCACUGUCAGCUUCAGGAAACAUUCUCGAGAAAACCUGUCUACACUCUGGUCCGGGGCAUUGUGAACCUGACUGAUGUCCUGUCUCCAUGCCAACCGAAGUCUCAGGUCGUGAUAAACCUAAACCCUCCUGUCAGAAGGUGACCUCUCUGCCCCAAUCCAAGCUCUACAGGAAUAUGCCCGGCCUGCACGAUGGACUCCAACAGCACAGAGUUGGGCCUGUACUCACCAUCCAACGCCCUGGAAGUGGGAAUCUACCCGGCAUCCACUCCAUGGCCAUUGCUCCAGAACACAAGCCUCAUCAACCUCAGUGAUGUUUUCAAGCUCAAUGGGAGUAAUGUCGAGGUUGAUGGUCAAUCCUAUGAUCCUCUGGGCGGCCAUUCACUCUGGCAGGUCAUUCUCAUUGUUGUGUUUACAGGACUGCUUUCCCUUAUUACUAUUAUCGGCAACAUCUUGGUCAUGGUGUCGUUUAAGGUCAACCGCCAGCUCAAAACAGUUAACAAUUACUUCCUACUAAGUUUAGCCGUGGCAGAUCUCAUCAUUGGGGUCAUCUCUAUGAACCUGUACACUACCUACAUUGUCAUGGGCCACUGGGCAAUGGGAAACUGGGCAUGUGACCUCUGGCUAGCAAUAGACUACGUAGCCAGCAAUGCAUCUGUCAUGAAUCUGCUGGUCAUUAGCUUUGACCGGUAUUUCUCCAUCACAAGGCCUCUGACGUACCGUGCCAAACGCACCACCAGGCGGGCAGGAGUGAUGAUUGGCCUGGCGUGGUUUGUGUCGCUCAUACUUUGGGCUCCUGCCAUUUUGUUCUGGCAGUAUUUUGUAGGAGAAAGAACCGUUCCAAUGGAUAAAUGCUACAUUCAAUUUCUCUCAGAGCCUAUUAUUACAUUUUGCACUGCAAUGGCAGCUUUCUACCUGCCGGUGACGAUAAUGAGUGUUCUGUACUGGCGAAUAUACAAAGAGACAGAGAACCGUUCUCGGGAACUUGCAGGAUUACAAGGCUCGGUUGGAAGGUUCGGAGGCGUCGAGCGACCGCGCUUCCAUCUCCGUGCCACUGGGGGGAGCUCUAGAAGCUGCAGCAGCUUCGAACUAGGCCAACCUGGCCACAAACAAAGCUCCCUUCAUGGCCUGAGUGGCCGAUUCCACUGCUGGGGGUGGAAGGCGGGUGGCAGGGAUAAAGGUGGGCCGCACCGGGAGGCAGAUCAGAGCAGCAGCGACAGCUGGAAUAACAACGACGCUGGACUGUCAGCUGACCACUCGGGCUCAUCUGACGACGACGAGAGCGCGCCAUCCACCACGCGGGCGAUAUUCUCCAUUGUUCUCAGUCUGCCUGGCAUGAAGGCAGCUGUAAACUCCCAGGUCACUUCUUGUGAGGAUUUGGACACUGAGGAAGAUCCAUUACGGUCCCCUGUGGAGAAUGACGGCAGGGAUGGCAGCAUCACCCGCUCCAUCACCAACGGGAACAAGAGGUUUGUUGGAAGCAUGAGUAAAGUUCACUCAGUGUCUGCCAUACAACCGUCAAUGGAUCCAAACAUUGAUGGAACCAACACCACUGUUAAAUCCCCCUCAGCGCCUAUAACUUUCAAAGAGGCAGUCCUAGCAAAGCGUUUCGCAGCUCGUGCAAGGACGCAAAUCACCAAGCGGAAGCGUAUGUCGCUAAUAAAAGAAAAGAAAGCGGCGCAAACUUUAAGCGCCAUCCUUUUCGCUUUCAUUAUUACGUGGACACCUUAUAACAUUAUGGUGCUAGUAAACACCUUCUGUAAUGGCUGCAUACCUGAGAACCUCUGGGCACUAGGCUAUUGGCUAUGCUACGUUAACAGUACAGUAAAUCCUAUGUGCUAUGCCCUUUGCAACAAGACUUUUCGUACCACUUUCAAGAUGAUCCUGCUUUGUCGCUGGGACCAGAAAAAAAGCAAGCCAAGCUUUCCACAAAGACAGGCUGUGAGAUUUCACAGGAGCAUACCUACAGACUCCACAUAGCAACCUGGUGGCAAAGCUAACUUGCUAAUGCUAAAAUGUAAGUUUCAAAGGGUGAUUCCUCAAGUAUCUGUACUAUAUAAUGAAGCUUUAAUGUGUGAGUCUCAACGUAGAAGUGUAGACGUCAGUCACUUAGGAUUUCGGGUCACUAUAUUGUAAAAUUUUAAGACACUGUGGUUUAGUGUACAAAGAGUUUCAGUGAUACUGAAGCACAACAAAGCAAGUGCAGUGGCCAUCAGAACUUCCGGUGGACUUUUAUAUGCCUUUUACUAAAUCAGCAGUGCCAACUUUCAGGAGUUCAGCAGCGACAUAUAAAAAGGACAUUUGAAAGGAGACUGUAUUUUGAACCUCAAAGAGCUGAUUGGAUGUGAUGCUCUCAAUUACUUGUUUGACUAUUUUGGGGUUGAAUAUUAAAUAUCUCGUUUUUGUCAGUAAAACAGAAACUAAAAUGUGAUUUUUAAAUAAGGUGAUGUAUAUCAAAGUAUUUACAGUGAAGAUAUUUCUUUUUCUAAGUGAACUGUGCUGAUUUCUGUGAAAAUGUGCCACACAGAGGUUCAGUGUCUUUGCUGUCUCGGUAAGUGUAAGUGUUCUAUUCAUAAACAGCACUUCCGUAAGCUGCUCUUGUAUAAAGCGUGGUUGUUUACAUUUGUUUUGCUACAAGUAUUUUAAUAGCUAUUAUGUAGGUUUUCGGUGCACAUUAUGUUUGUAUAUUUUGGAAUGCCUUAUGUUUGGACUUUAAGAUUGUGCACUGAAUAUACUGGGCUAGCUGUGAAAUCAUUUAUGGAACCUAAAGAAUGUUUUUAACUGUUUAAUGGACAUUUAGAUUUUUAUAUUAGUGCAUUGGAACAUAAUUCCAUUUACAACCAAAUGUUUGGGAAUGCCAGGCUUUAACAUAACAGGCCAAUUUAGUUUCCCAAAGCAGCUGCAGAUUUGCUUUAUAAAAAGCACACAAAAUACAGAUCUAUUGUGUCUUUUUUCAACUAUGGGCUCCUUUGGCACUGUAGAGAAAUAAAAAUCACUUAAAACAGUUAAUUUAAUUUGCCUACAAACAACCCUGCUGAAAAAAAAGAGGAUAUGCUGGUUAGGUUUGUUUUGACGCUGGGAUGCUUGUUUAUGCUGGUCCUUUGCUGGUUUAUGUUGGUCCUUUGCUGGUUUGUGCUGGUCCUUUCGCUGGUUAAUGCUGAUCCUUUGCUGGUUUAAGCUGGUCAUGUGCUGGCAAAAGAUCAGCAUAAACCAGCGAAAGGACCAGCACAAACCAGCAAAGGACCAGCAUAAACCAGCGAAAGGACCAGCAUAAACUAACAUCCCAGCGUCAAAACAAACGUAAACAGCAUAUGCCUUUUUUUUUUCAAGAGGAAAUAUCCAACAGAGGUCAUCAAUCAGUGGUCAAUAUCCAACACAUCAUGUAUAUGUGGAUUUCCAUCAUAUCUCAAAUAAUGUAAUUAAUAACAGUAAUAAAGUUUAUUAUCAUUCUUUGCUGGAAAUUGCAUUUAAAAUAUUUAUGGAAUUUCCCUUUUCAAACACGCAGUUAAAUAACAUUCUUCACAAAAAUUAAAGCUUUAUUCGAAAUAACAACAAUUUUAAACUUGCCAUUCUGUUCCAACACUAGUGUUUUGAAGAAAUAUUAUGAAUAAUUGCCUGAUUUGUAACUUACCCGCCAUUUGUAUUAAAUAAACACAAACCUUUUGAUAUGUUUUUAUGUUUUACAUUGCAAACGAUGGCUGUAUGUUUUGUAAGGCCUUGUAAGAUCAAAGUUAAAAUUGAGCUUCUGUGCGGUAUGUUGUUUGUGGCUGUGCUGUCGUUUUGUUCCAAAUUGGCUGUGUAGAAGUUAGAAUUGAAUUAUAGAGUUACUGUCAGAUUUGUGAUAACUGUUGGAUGUUACAAAAAUACAGCCCAGUGCAAAAUGCAUUUUUAUCCUCCGAUUGUUUCUCAAAAUAAAUGUAACAUCUUAAAAUGAA